AUGAUAAUUGGGCAGGCCCGGACAGGGAAGACAAGUCUGAAGAGGUCAUUAAAAGGGGAAUUGUUCAAUCCAGAUGAAGGAAGCACGGAAGGGAUAGAGACAGAUCCGUCCUAUUUUAAAGUCACAACAGACGUUUGGAGGACAGGCCAGAAAAGCGAAGAUACCGAAUCAGAGCCAACGUUUUUGUUAGACCACCAGGUAGCCCAAAAGAUAGUUGAAAGCUUAAGGAAAGGAGACCGCUCAGGGGAUCCUAGUACUAGCGGGGCCAAGCCAUCAAUUAACGAUUCCAAAGUAGUCGAACAAAUAGAAGCGAAUUCAUUGCCUACUGAUCGUUCAGAGGAAAUUAGCAGUAGCGGGGUUGAACCUUCACUUCAAGACUCCAAAGUAGUCGAGAAAGCCAAACCCUAUUCAAACAAACCAAACCCUAUGCGUACAGAUCUGAGGAGUAGCAGAACCGAGCUGUCACUUCACGCCUCCAAUGUACCUGAGAAAGCCCAAACCAGUUCAUCACGCACAGAACAGAGCGGGAGCGUUCCAUCACUUCAAGACUCCAAAGAUCAUCUGUCUGUACCAGAAUUACCAGAAAACGUAGCAGCAUUGGUUCAAAAUUUGCUUGAACGUAGCCAAGAGUUUGAGGACGAAGAAAACAUAUAUUCCAUCAUUUGGGAUUUUGGAGGACAGUCUGUUUACUACGUCACACAUCCAAUUUUUCUGACCAAACAAGCCAUCUACAUUUUAGCAUGUGAUCUAAGUCGUGAUCCAGACCAGAAAGGCAAAGCUCCUACGAAAAAAGGCAUGUAUGAAAAUAAAUUAGACACUCACUGCAAAAAAACAAAUCGCGACUAUCUUGAUUUCUGGAUGACAUCAGUUUAUUCUUUGGUUAGUCCAAGUACUAACCGUCAGGAAACCCUGUCACCUGAAGUGUUGCCUGCAGUAUUCUUGGCGUGUACGCAUGCUGACAAGCCUUACAAAAAAAGGGCUAACCCAAAAGAACUUGCCGAAAAAAUCUUUGCCACUUUAAAAGAGAAGAUUUACGGUGAUCUUCUAAAAGAAGUGUUUGUUGUAGACAACACAAAGUCAGGUAGUAAUGAUGAGUGCCAAGACGUGAAAAACCUGAGAGAAACAGUACUUUCUGUUGCCAAGGAGCUUCCACGGAUUAAAAAGGCCAUCCCUUUAAAGUGGUUAAAGUAUGAAAAGGUUCUCCGUCUGUUGAGCGAGGAAGGUUAUAUGUGGAUACCCAUCGAGCGCGCCAGACAGAUUGCCUCUGAUGAGUGUGGAAUUGAUGACGAUGAACAGUUUCGAACACUGCUUAACUUUUUACACGAUCAGAGAAUUUUGAUUCAUUUUAGCGAAACAGCAAAUUUGGAAAAAAUGGUUAUUUUGAGCCCACAGUGGCUCAUUGACAUCUUCAAGGAGGUGAUUACUGUUAAACGUUUCAAGCAAACGGAUAAAACAGUUGCGAGAUUAUGGCGUAAUUUUGAAAAGACUGGAAUUUUAGAUGAAACGCUUUUAAAUCAUGCGUGGAGACCCUUGUCUGAUAAUCGAGAAACCUGCGAGACCCUCAUUGCUAUAAUGAAGAAAUUUAGCCUACUUUGUGCAUGGCCCUCAGACGGGACCACUCAGAAGUACCUUGUGCCAUCCAUGUUAAUGUCUCCCCCAACAGAUGAUGUCCGUAAACACCUUGAUUGUGUACGGACACCUUCACUUUUUGUGGCGUUUGAAUCAGGCAGAGUUCCUCCAGGCUUGUUCUCGCGGUUUGUUCUGCAGUUUCAUCGGUUGUGUCAAGAAGAAUGGAAGAGCGAAAUAAAUCCUGACUUGUUCAAUAAUUUUGCUAUGUUCCACAUUCUUCCUGAUCGUGCAAUUUCUUUAGUAUUUAUGUUGCAUUCCUCAUCCAUCGAAAUAGUUUUUCACGAUGGAAAGGAUGCUCGCGAUCUGAAUACAAGCCGAUUCAUUUAUUCGCAACUGAAAUGUGUUCUUGAACAUAUUUGCAUGGAGUUCUUCUGGUUAAAGCACGUUAAGUACAAAAUGUGCGUCUGCUGUCCUGUGUGUUCUCAAGAAGACCGUGUCACGUGCCGUACUCAUGUCAAUCGUGGUUGCGACUGCUUGCACCUGUUGUCGGAGUCGGAGUUGCGUGAGCGGCCAUAUUGCAACAGACCUGUUAUUUGUGGGGAUCGCACAAUUACCAUUACGAUGUUUGAACAUUGGUUUGCUUUCUGUGAUUCUCAGCAAAGCAGGAUUCCACUCACUAAGGUUAGUUCUUAAAUUCGCUUUUCCAAAACACGAUCGCGAGUACAAGCUUUGGUCGCGAUGGUUUCUGGGAUAGUUUGGGUGGAUAAACAUCAGUGGGUGUUUCUCAAAUGGGCCAUUUGCACGAUGGCGUCAUUUUACUACUACUACUACUACUGCUGCUGCUGCUGCUGCUGCUGCUGCUGCUGUUGUUGUUGUUACUGUUACUGCUUGGAUUACCAAAUUUAAAUAUGAAAGAAAGAACGAAACGAAUUCUGGUCUUAGUAGUAAAAAGACGUCAUCGUGCAAAUGGCUUAUUGGUUGACCAUUCAUAACUAACACUUCCACCCUGAUUCCAGAAAUCCUUCUACCGAAAGCAUUCUCCCCAUAAAUUAAACUUACCAAAGAAGUCGAGUUGUAAAGACUUGACGUGCCCUGCGUGAUAAAAAGGUGAUGUAAUAGACCAUUUUACAGUUGUGGACUUAGUACCCCAGCCUUCGAGUGAAUGUGAGGCUGACGGUGACCUUGUUUUGAUACAAACCUCCUUUGCUUUGUUAUGGAAAUUUUCCCUGAAAAAUACUAGUUAGCAUAAGAAUAACUUGAUUUACAUAAUAAAGCAGGAAGGUUUGUACCAAAACAAGGUCACCGUCAGCCUCGCUUCCAUUCAUAACUGUAAAAUGGCCUAUUUGCAAGCGGCGUUGCUCUGAGUAUCAAAUUUGAACCAAGAGCCAUAUGGCUCUUGAUUUGAACGGAAUGCUCAGAAAUUCCGAGGUUUGCCGAAUUUUUAUUGAUGUGUAGCGAGAACUGUAUUUAUUUUUUUGGUUAAUACGAGUUUAUUCGUGAUAUUUUUGGAAAUCUGAACCUGACGGUUUUUUCAAUCGUUUAAGUAGGAAAACACGAAAGGAAAGCACAAACAUUUCUCGAUCGUCCGAUAUAUGUUUUCUUCCGCAAAACUUAGCGUAAAAAUUUUACAACAUUAGGUUAACGGGUUACGCAAAGGAUCCGUGUCAGGGGCACCCAACGACGGUUUUCUCUUAAAUACAUUGAAAACACUUUUUACUCUGUCCAGAGUCCUGUUAGUUAUCUAGAAAUGCAUUCUAAGCGAUGCUAUAAAAUUUGUAUCUGUUCGGUCGUCCUAGGGCAACUUGAGUCUUUUCGAAAUUACCAGGGCUUCAGUAUUAUUUUCCAAAAAAUUUAGAUGCAGUUUAACAUAUUACGAAGGAGAGAAUUUUUCUGAUUCUUCUUUCCAUCACAUUUUUGAAUCCGAAAAUUCGAGGUUUUCUUUUUUCUUCGAAAAAUGAUCUAACCUCAGGAGUGAAAUGUGAAAAUUUAAACUUCAGCAAAUCGUUUGGACUUUAUUAGGUGAGCUUCGAAAAUUUUACAUAAAUGGAACGGUCAUCUAUAAAUUUUUAGCCGUUCUGAAGUAAUAGAAAAUUCUAGGCAAUAUUUGCGUCUCCGAACAGAUAUUUUACAGAAAACAGUCGUUAGGUGCCCCUGACGUUUAACCUUAACAUUCCAGGGAGAAUAUAGUCUGCUACACAGCCGUUUUUAGUGUCGUCACGCAACGCUCCUCCCCAGUGGGGAGGAGCGUUGCGUGACGACACUAAAAACGGCUGUGUAGCAGACUAGGGAGAAUAAAACCGCAGCAGUUUUAUUAAGAGAAGAUUCUACUAGGUAAUUGUGUUUACCUGCGGUGGCCUAACCUCGAGUGUUAUGGCCUUUCUUUAAAACAAGUCAAAUUUUCGGCUAUAAAUUCUCCAAUUCUCUCAUUAAUCACAGGGGAUAAAUUUCAAGAAUUUCUUGCCCUCUUUUCAAUUUGCUUUCCCUGCGUCCGUCUGUGUCAACUGCCGGCCUACGCUGCGAAAUACAAAUGUGAGGAACAAAACAAUGAAGGCGGCAUUGACAAGGUACUGGCCUUUUCUCAAUUAAGCAAUAGUCAUGAUGAAGAACUCUUUAUUUUUCUAAUUCAGUAUAAACCAUUCACGGUAAGACCUAAUGGUAAGCGUUUACUCAGAAAUCUCUUCUGAGAGUGUGUCAAAACACCGUAAAAUUUGUUAAGGCGUUUAGUUCUCACGCAAAUCGUGGAGUGAUAUUUAGGCGUGCUGCAGUUUUUUCCCAAUACUGCUUUUGAUUCACACUAAAGCAGGCAAAAGCAGUUAGUAUGAGCAUUUCCCAGGGAGCCCUCUGGUUGUCAUUGUUCCUGGUUUACACUUCUCAAGUGACUACGAUUUCUCAAUCGGGUGUGAAAGGAGGCUUGCCGUAAGUGGAUUGAUGAAAGCCAUAUUAAAUUCUUUUAAUAAUAUUCUUUACAGCAACAAAGUGCUAUUGAAGGUGAUAACUCUGGAAAACGCGGUUUUUAUUGUAGACAAGGUAAAUUCUUUUCGUCAUUUCAGUCACCAUUAAUUACUGCCGUUGCGCUUCCAUUUUUAAAACAUCUUUGGGAACUAGUUGAAGUUAAGCUAAUGGAAUUUGUUUUUGCUAGGCAAUUUUAGCAUCUGUGAAGUAUACCAAAAUCACGCUUGUAGAUUUGCAAAACGUAUUGGGAAUGCGCUUUGAUUGUGGGGGUAACGUUGACAGCAAAAACAAAACCCGAUCUUAACCCUUAAAGGGGGCCUACAUGUGACAGUUUUGUAACAUCUUAAACAGUACUUCAGUUCUACUGUUAUGUCAGUGGGACCGUAACAUACAUCCUUUUUUUUAACGUUACCCGUUUUUACCUUACUGGAAAGGGAGGGAAAGGGAAGAAGAGAAUGUUGCAAUCUGCCUUGUACGUUUUUACAUUUAUUUAUAAAGUUAAUUCAUCUAGCUGGUACUGCUUACAUAUUAAUCAAGCUGGCGAUAUUCAUAUUCAUUUCACAGAAAAUGUGUCUGAAACAACAGCCACCGAUCCUCCUCAAGUCGUUGCUCGUCAGAUAACGAAUAAAGAUCUUCCUCCAAAGUCGAAACAUUUUGAUUAUUGCCAAAUCCAAGUCGACAUUUUAUUACUGACGGUGGUGAAGGAUGAUACCAGCGAAGAUUGUGAAUUUCUAAGCUGCCUUCAACAUGUGAACCCUGAUUUGUGUAAGAUUUAUCACCCAGAUCUUGGCUACGUGUACCUCGGAGAUAUGGGAGAAGAUGAUUUGAAGCUAAACGUUGCUGUUAUGAAGUGCUACGAGGGUUCCAGCUCCGCAGGAGGCUCUAUAGUUGUUGUAAUAAACGCUGUCAAAGUCUUGAAGCCGAAAGCAGUGUUUUGUGUGGGUUCUUGCAGUGGCCUAAAUGACACCAAAGUUAGUCUUGGAGACGUAGUAGUUUUGAAAAAGUUAGUCACAUACGCUUUUUCAAAAGUUACGGAGAAUGGUAUUGAAGAACUUGGAGUCAAAGUGCCAUUAAAGCCUCAUCUUUCGAAAUUGAUACUAGGUGCUGAUGAUGGCUGGACGCCACCUUUGAAAGAUCCAGGAGCACUCGAGGUGAAGAUACAUCGCGGCACGUUUCUGAGUGGACCGGAAGUAAUAAAUAACCACGAACGGUGUAAUGCCCUCAUCGAACGAUUUCCAGAAGCAGUUGCUAUAGAACGAGAAGGUGAAGGUAAGUUUCUUGGCCAGUUCAUGUGUUAGCAGAGUGUGCAUGAAUUCAAUUCAAUUCUGUUGUAAGAAAGCAUUCUUUUAGGGCCGACUUCUUUGAAUCAGAUUCACGUAGAUUUCCACAAGAAUCUUAACUGUCGUUUUCAUUACACACUUGCCGUAUUGAACGCGGCGUUUGUUUGAAUUUGCAGUUUUUGAGCGCCUGUUGGUUUUAAGAAAGGGGUUUUUAUUGCUUUUCUUGUCAGCUUGUCAGUUAGGUUAUUGUAUACCACAGAAAAAAGGUCUGUGGGUCUCGGUAUACGGUAACCGUAUUUUAUUGUAUGACGUUAUUGCCCUCUGCAUAUUGAUGCUGUAAAACCAAGUUAUAAGUAAGUCUUCCUGACCUGGUUCUUUCCACCGGCGUCUGCAUUUGUCAACUCUUAACUCCACUUCUCUCCAUUUUCCACAAAUCUCCAUUUCAGGUGUGUUUGUAGCAGCGCAUGACCUGGAUAUUGAGUGGGUAGUUAUUAAAGGAAUUUCAGGCUACGCUGAUGGCAGAAAAGUUAAGGAUUCUUGGAGAACAUUCGCAAGUUUUAUGGCAGCUUCUCUAGCGGCUCACAUUCUCAGCGACACUAAUGCUUUUCAAGCCUUGCCACACUAUGGAAGUGCAAGUGAGUAUUGGACAUUCAGAAAACGUCCAUGUUGUAUUUUC